UGCUCCGGGCCGCCAGCAGCUCCUCCCUACCAGCCAACACCCAGCCAUGGCCUCUGCCGCGCCGCUUCCUCCUUCCCUCCUCGCUUCAGCACGCUCGGCCUACCGCGCACUGCUCAGAGCGUCUGCAACAACCUUCAAGGGCGAUGUAGAUACUAGAAAUGCUUUCCGUCUGAAAAUGCGACAUGAAACCCUUGCGUGCCCACCAGCAGUCAGCGCACGACAGGUAGAGGAGAAGAUUGGCCUCGCGCAGGAGAUUUCAGACAUUCUGCUCAGGAAUGUUGUGCAAGCAGUCAAGCUGGAGGAAGCUAGAAGUCCGCAAGACCACGAGCGGUUCAAGCUUCGUAUAACGGAGCACACAGAAAUGGGCACCAACGACACCAUCAGGGAUCCACCACAGCUGGAAUCUAGCCGAAGCGCACGGAAACGCGUCAGCUCUUCAGAUGCUGCCAAGACCAAUGAGGUUGCACCUCAAAUUCCGCGUUACUACUCUCAGCUGAAGAAGGCAGCCAAGAAACGGGUGGUGCCGGAGCUGAAGGAGGAGGACCUAGAGGAAUCGUUCGUUCGAGGUAUGGACUGCAGUGGUCCCGGUGGGCAAUCCAUCAAUAAAACUGAGAACAACGUCCAACUGCUGCACAAGCCGACCGGCCUGCGCGUGUCAUGUCAAGACACCCGCUCAUUGUCGCAGAACAGGAAGUUGGCGAGACGUCGCCUGCUUGAAAAGCUGGACGCCUUGUAUAAUCCGGGCCUUUCGAAAGAAGGGAUGAAGAGCGCCCUGCAGCGAGAAAGGGAGCGUCGAAGAAAGAAGAAGAGUAAGAAGAGAUCCCAGAAAAGCAAGAACGCCACGGAGGGCGAUGAGGACGAAGAUGAAUAGCGAUUUGAGCACCCCGAUCUUUGUUCAUCUUGUUUUUUUUCUACUACGGGCUCACGAACGAUGACACUGAGACCUUCAGCUGGUUUGUGGAACAGCUGGAAACGUCCUAUCAAAACGCAGUCCGUUUGCUGCACUAAUAUACUACGCGGAUGGGCCAUCUUACAGCACGACAUCCAUGGAAACAGUCUGCUUUAGUCUAGGUCGC